UCUUGUAGACCAGGCUGGCCUCGAACUCACAGAGAUCCUCCUGCCUCUGGAGUGCUGGGAUUAAAGGCGUGCGCCACCACGCCUGGCUCUGUGAAUCUCACGGACCCUCCCACAGGUUUCCUAAGGAUAGGAGUCUUUGCCAAGAGCACCACUCUCUAUUCUAGGGUCGAGCUAGCUCAAGCUAUCCUAAUCCAGCUGUAGGAGUCUAGUCUUUCUGCUCAGUAAAGGGGACAUUGGUCAGGAAAUGUGUAUGAAGACGUAGGUGGCCUGACCUUUGGAGGUCCUGGACAUCUCUCAACCCAUCAUCAUCAGGGUUCAUAUGUAAUUCCUUCUACACACAAGCUUGCAGGAACGCAGGCUGCCCAGGCUGGCGGGCAUUCCUCUAGACCUGACAGGUGAGGUGUGUGGAAUGAAUGUCGUGGGAGAGCCGGUGUGGCAGUCUGUAUCCUAGUGUGAUGUGUGUGGCUUCCCUGUCGAUAAUGGGGAGGACUGGUACAGCUGCCAAGGAGGGCAUGGCAAUGUGCUCUCACAGGGCAGCGAGGGCUAAAUGUCUCCUUUUCCCUCUUUCCCUGUUGCACAGAGCCCCAGCACGAAGCUUCCAAGGAAGAAGCCUCUGCCGUCCAUCUCAUCUGUGUCCAGCAUGUCCUACAUCUCUAACCCCUGGUUUGAGGAACUCACUAACUUCUUGGUUGAGCAGGCAGUUUCCUUGCUUGUCUGUAAGUACAAGUUUGAGGACAGCCUCCAUAAGCAACUUGGAUUCAUCUCCUUUCCUGUCACUGAGGUUCUCAUGGACAUCCUUCUGGGCUUCAAGAAGGUGAAGGGCAACCACAUCCGUCUGUCCUCAGACAUCAACUGGACCUGCCUUCUGCGUAAGAUGGAAGAAGCCGAGUUGGCAAGGCAGGCCGUAAAGCACACUACUAGGCCAGCAGCCUCCCAACAUAGUACCUCCCGUGUUGGCACUACCCACCGUAGCACAGAAUCACCUUCUGUGCACCCCGAACUUACUGGUGACACCAACCAGGACCAGAGUACAGAGUCUCCCUUCUCCCUCCGUCCUGAGAUGCCGAUCCACCAGGUUCUUAGCCCUCAGGACCCUGGUAUAGGCCAGGAGCAGAUGCCCAGGAGUCCUUCAGAGCCCAAGCUGUCUGUGAUCUCCAAUGCUGGUGUGGGCUCCAGAUCCAAGGAAAUAGUAAAUGCCGAAGAGGAAGAGGACAGUGAAGAGGAGGAGGACAACAGAGGAAGUGAGGAAGAUGAAAUCAAAGAUUUCUCCGAGAGUGAGCAAACUUCCACUAGCCUGCCUGAAUAUGAGUUGGAGGACUUUACCAAUGAGCCCAUUGAAAGGAGCUCCAGUUACUCCCCAUGA